CGUACAUACACACAUACUCCCCCUCCCCCACGGUGUGAGCGAGGUCUGCAGCAGCAGCAGCAGCAGCAGCAUUCCAGCAGCAUGGAAAGCAAGCGAGUGGAGACGAGCGGCGCCUCCCGCCCGCUGCCCGCUGCCCGCACUCCGCUGCAAGCUGCCCGCUGCCCGGGUCCAGCAUACCUACCUAUAUGUACGUACGCGCGGCACCGACAAGGCAAGCCAAGGCAAGCCAAGGCAUACCACGAUCGCAGACCUCCCACCCACGCCCUCACCCACAUCUGCAUUUACAAUACACGCGUACCCAUCCACCAGCUGUAAGUCAGUUAGUCAGGCCCAACCUACAAUACGCAAGCACGGCCAACAGCCGCGCUGUGCAGCUCAAUGCAGCGCAAUGCAGACGCGUGGGCAGGUGUGGAGGUGGAGCAAGCAAGCAAGCAAGCCGCCAGUCCACGCUCGCACGCACGGCGCAUGGCAAGUGGGCACCAUGAUGAACGGCGUGCAUCCUGCAGUCUGGCGUCUGCCGCAGACAGAUGAGG